UGCCCUUAUAAUAAGAGCAUCACAGUACAUCAUUACCGAACAUAGUCCUUCUCUAAAUUAGUUGUGACAGUUAUCUUCCCUCAUAAGUGAGAAUGAAUAAAGCCGCUGGAGCGCAGAGCAUCCGAGAAGCGCUCACAGGGCACAAUGAAGAGGAUGAGGACGAGGAUGGAAGAGUGACAGACGAUGAAGAGCCCAGAGACUGCGGUGUGUGCGGCGAUCUGGCCAAGGGUUACCACUUCUAUGCUUUGACAUGCGAAGGCUGCAAGGGCUUCUUCAGAAAGGGUUGUUUCACUCACUCUCUCUCUUUCCCACACAGAUGCAGCGACCAAAUUGCUCUGUUGAAGGGAGACACCUUUAAAAUGAUGCAGACCCACUUUAACAUGGUGUUCAAUGUAAAAGCAGGCAUCUGGGAAUGCGGCCAUAUUACAUUCUGCAUAGAUGGCACUGUACGAGCGGGUUUCCAGCCGCUCCUGCUGAAACCUCUGCUCAAAUUUCACCACACGCAGCGCAAGGUGGCCCUGCAGGAGGAAGAUUAGGUUCUCAUGCAAGCCACGUCCCUGUUUUCUCCAGACCGUCCAGAUGUGCAGUAACCCAGUGUGAUUGACAAGCUUCAUGAAAACUUGGCACGGACCCUAAAAACCUGGAUAUACUGUAGGAGGACAGGACCAGAAAAACAUUACAUCUACUGUACAUGGACAGGACCCGCGGAAUGAGCUCUUUGAUUUAAAGCAAAGUAUUAAGUAUUUGCAGUUGUACAAAUGUGUGGAAACAUAAAAAAGAUUCAUUUCCAUCAUGUGAUAAUCUAAAGCAGAGUUCACUAGGGUGUCCUCAGAGUUGCUGCAGGGGGACCACCAAAUUAUUGUUUGAUAGUU